GUAUUUAGAGAUUUUUUUAUUGGAACAUGGUAUUAUAGUAUUCCUCCUAGUGUAACAGCGGUUCAUUCUGUUUUUGUCCGUGUUACUCCUCCACCUUCCUUCAUAAGCAUACACACCCUGCACCAACUCAACCCUGAAUCUCCAAGCGCAAUCGUUUUCUCACUUGUUCCACACCUCCAAAACCACUCUGAUAUACUUAAGCUUUCGGUUUUGGUAGCAAGAGCAGCAUGCAUGUUCUUUUCUCUGUGAAGAGACUCGCCUUCUCUGAUCCCUUUUUGCCACACAGAAGAAGACUUUUUUCUUGGUUCAGUUUAGGUGUUGUAGCUUCUCUUGUUUUGUUGUCCCUCUUCAUUCUUGGAAAAUCCCUCAGGGUUCCCAAAGUUGCAGUCUUUGUUCCACAAUUAAACACUAUCGGUGCAAAUUCUUCCCUUGCUUCUUGCCCCUUCUUGCCUUUCAACACUAGCCACUCUUCUUCCUCUGGGAGCAGCACUUCCAACUCUUCAAAGUCUGACGAGUACAAGAAUCCUGUCAAGAUUAUUAAAGAGGGAAGUGCUGUAGUUGUGGAUGGAACAAAUGGGGUGAAUCAUGUGUUGGAUGAAACAAAGAGUGUCAAGGGUUUGGAGAAUUAUAGUUUUUCUUCUUAUUUGUUGUCAGAGAGUAGUAGCAAAGGAAAACAAGAAGGAGAUUUGGUUGGGAAAAAUAAUUCAAGAAAUGCAACUGUCACUCAUUAUGAGAAAAUGCAGGAUGGUUCACAUGAGGAAUGUGACAUUUUUGAUGGAAAGUGGGUAAGAGAUGAAUCAAAGCCAUAUUAUCCUUUGGGGUCUUGUCCACAUAUUGAUAGAGAUUUUAACUGUCACCGGAAUGGGAGGCCUGAUGCAGAAUAUGUAAAAUGGAGAUGGCAGCCAUAUGGGUGCAAAAUUCCAAGUUUGAAUGCAACCGAUUUUCUGGAGAGGUUGAGGGGACAGAGGCUGGUUUUUGUGGGGGAUUCACUGAACAGGAACAUGUGGGAGUCACUUGUAUGCAUUCUCCGUGAAAGCAUCAGGAACAAGAAACGGGUAUUUGAAAUUUCGGGAAGAAGUGAAUUUAAGAAGAAAGGUGUCUAUUCUUUUAGAUUUGAGGAUUAUAAUUGUUCGGUGGACUUUGUUGCUUCGCCAUUUAUUGUUCAAGAGUCAACUUUCAAGUCCAAAAAUGGAUCAUUUGAGACAUUAAGACUGGAUUUGAUGGACAUGACUAAGACCAGGUACCAAGAUGCUAAUAUCAUAGUCUUCAACACAGGGCAUUGGUGGACCCAUGAUAAAACAUCAAAAGGAGAAGAUUAUUAUCAGGAAGGAAACCAUGUACACGCAAGACUCAAGGUUCUGGAUGCAUACACCAGAGCCUUGACAACUUGGGCUAAAUGGGUUGACAGAAAAAUCAAUGCCAAUCAAACUCGGGUUUUCUUCCGAGGAUACUCAGUCACCCAUUUCUGGGGUGGGCAGUGGAAUUCAGGAGGACAGUGCCAUAAAGAAACUGAGCCAAUAUUAAAUGAAACUUACUUACAAAAGUAUCCUUCAAAAAUGAGGGCUCUAGAAAGUGUGAUCCAACAUAUGAAAACCCCAGUAGUGUAUAUGAAUAUAAGUAGGCUUACAGAUUACAGAAAAGACGGGCAUCCUUCAGUAUACAGAAAGGAGUAUAAGAAAUCAAUGGAUCAGAACUCUACUGCACUAUUCGAAGACUGCAGCCAUUGGUGCUUGCCUGGGGUACCAGAUACUUGGAAUGAACUGCUAUAUGUUUCACUCUUAAAAUAUGGAACAGGAAAUUGGAAAAGCUGAACAAGUUUCCUCAUAAUCAUUCCACUACCAGUUUCUUAUUCUUUUUGCAUAGUUAUAGUAAUAUUCGACAUAUGUAUGCUAUGAGUUUUUUGCUGCAUGCCUUUAGUGAUAGUUUGAUUAGAAUGAACAAGAUAGCGAGGGAAGGAAACAGGGAUAGUGGAUUGGCUUGCCUUGCCAAUUCUUCCCAUGAUUCUGAGAUUCCAGAUUUCUUAAGGUGUUUGUUUCCGGGAAAAAAGUAAAUGGAUUUUGUAUUCAUGUA